CCGCUCGUUCUAGACCAUAAGAUCCAAAAACCAAAAGCUAGGUUUCACUCUUUCUCUCUCACCACUGUCUCUCUUCUCCGAUUCCGACCGCGCCGCUUCCCUUCUGCUUUUCUUCGCCGUCCGUCGUCCUUUUCAACACCGUCCUUAGCUGCGAGACUGAAGUCUAGACACAAUGAGGGGAAGGAGCUACACGCCAUCACCACCAAGGGGUUAUGGAAGGAGGGGCCGGAGCCCUAGCCCCCGGGGUCGAUAUGGUGGGAGUCGUGACAGGGAUCUCCCAACCAGUCUUUUGGUUCGCAACCUACGUCAUGAUUGCAGGCAAGAAGACCUCAGGAGGCCAUUUGAGCAGUUUGGUCCUGUCAAGGACAUCUACCUUCCAAGGGAUUACUAUACUGGAGAUCCAAGGGGGUUUGGAUUCAUUCAGUAUGUGGAUCCUGCUGAUGCUGCUGAGGCUAAACAUCACAUGGAUGGUUCUCAUCUACUUGGUCGUGAGUUGACCGUCGUAUUUGCAGAAGAAAACCGGAAGAAGCCAACUGAAAUGAGAACAAGGGAUCGAGGUGGAAGGAGCAACAGAUUCAACGACAGAAGACGUUCUCCUCCUCGGUACUCUCGUUCUCCUCCCCCUCGCCGUGGUCGUAGAUCACGAUCACGUAGCCGCGGCUACGAUUCCCCUUCCGCUAAAAGACAUCAAUCUAGGUCUGUCUCACCUCAGGAUAGACGAUACGAGAAGGAGAGGUCAUACUCUCGCUCACCACCCCAUAAUGGCUCAAGGAUUCGCAGUGGAAGUCCUGGGAGAGUGAAGAGCCACAGCAGAAGCCCAAGAAGAAGCGUGAGCCCAAGAAGAAACAGGAGCUACACGCCUGAACAAGCCAGGAGCCAAAGCCCUGUCCCUAGGCAGAGCAGGAGCCCGACCCCAGUCCCUCGUGGAGCACAAAAUGGAGACCGUUCUCCAAGCCAGUGAUUACUCACCAUGUAUCUUUCUACUCUUCAGUUUUUCAGUCUUGUUUUAAGUUCUGCUUUAUCAGAUAUUUUGUUUGCCUCUAGAUUGAUAUUUCCUACUUAAAAUCUUUGUUUAGACAAGCUUUGCUUUAAAGACAGAUCUUUGUAGUGCUAUUGGUAUUUUGCUUUAUGUUGGAUCCAUGGAUGAUCUUGAGACAGGAUUUUGAAGUAGCAUGUGUUAUUUGUCA